AACAGCUACUGGAGCACAUACAGCUGAAAGCUAUGCUGGGUUGUAUAGGGGCAAAGUGCCGAUCCCUGUCCACCACCCAAAUAAACUACAGUGGCCAUGUCAGCGUGGUGUGAUAUGAAUGGCUGCUUGGAUAAGUUUACCUGGAGUGGCGACAGAAUCGGGACAUGUGGGAAAAAGCAAGGCAGUGAAGAUGGUACUGCAAUGCUUCCUUUGGGUAGUGUUCUGCUCCUUGUAAGGUUUCACCUGCUAAACACUGGAAGGAUAAUGUGCAGUUGCACUGGUGUGACUGAACAUCUCUAGGUGACGUCGUUUAGAGACCCAUCUCCAUUUUUGCUGUUGCCUUUGUAACAUUCAGAUUGUCAAACCUUUUAGCAUCAUGUGAAGACUUGUAUCACAGCCUGGAGUGUCCCCACUGUUAAUGUAGGCCUGUUUAAAACUGUGUAUUCAAUGUAAUAGUUGUUCUCACAGGAUUAAUAGGAAAUCCUGUUUUUAUGACGUGUUUACAUUUUUGCGUUUGUUUACAUCAGAGGAUAAUGUUUUAACGCACUGAGUUUUUCCCACUUCCACGUGUAUCUCCGGUUUCUCCAGCAGGGGGCGACGUAUUUUCAGUAAAGUCAACCCGGUCUCAUGUAUGCGGCUUACUAGUCGGAAGUACAGUGUCGUUGCGCCGUGCGUGGGGCUUUCGGACUUCCAUGAACGCCCGUGUGUAGCACAAUGGGUAAGAUUCAUUUUGUAUUGUCAUAUAAUAGGAUUGUGUGUUCUCGUGUUGUGUACACUGGGCGGUGACACUAGCAAACACAGGAGCCGUUUAUCCCGCAGUCACGGGGACGUCUUAGAUGUGUGGUGUUGGUAUGCUUGGACGGGAGACAGCUGAGUGUCCCGUCCUGUUCCUGACCGUAACAGACACCCGGCAGUGACUGGAGCUCUCCCACGGUGAAGCUCAUCUUAGUCACGGGUGAUUUAUUCGUCCUGCCGGUGCAGCAGGUUAAAGGCUGCUGUGUGAUGAUUCACUUCUACCGUAAAAUCUAUGGUCACGCAAAUGUGCCCGCCCACUUAAACGUUUCCCUUCGAACAGAGACCGGGGAUUAACGCUUACGUCAUAGCUACGUCGUAAACGCAAAUCCCUCCCCACCGCAAAUAUUUGAUUGGCCUGGACGGUAAUUUUCCGUCAUUUCCGGCAGCGCUGACGUCAGCGUCGUUAGCCUGCGGCGUGUUUUUGGAUUAGCGUAAGAUAAACGUUUAUCGGGCGAAUCACAUUUGAAACUGAUUUUUGUGACCGACCUACCUUAAUAGUAUGAACCAGUCACAGCUGAGCAUCCACGCGGCGGGUCCCACUAACGUCAGCGCCCGUGUUGAUUGGUCCGUGUCCGACAAACGUCAUUCACCAACCUGUGUGACUGUAGCAGCUGUGCUGCAGUCUGCCGGCGGAUAACUCGGCUAGCUGAAACAUUUGGACCAUGAGCGUAACAGCCCUGUGAGAGGACAACGAGCUGCUGCUGGGACACGAACUCAGGACAGGAGCGAGGGAGGAGAGUAGAGGAAAUUAAGAGUGCAGCAGAUUGAUGAGACGCCAGGUGAAGGUGAGGAAGAAAGACCAGCAAUAAUGCCACAGCCCAGAAUGAUGCUGGUGGUGACAGGAGAUGAUUUUGGCUACUGUCCCAGGAGGAACCAGGGGAUUGUGGAUUGCUUCCAGGCUGGAGGCAUCUCCAAUGUCUCGUUGCUGGUUAAUGGCUCGGCUGCAAAACAGGCGGCAGAUCUGGCUAAAAGACACAACAUUCCCAUUGGCUUGCAUGCCAACCUGUCUGAAGGCAUACCAGUGUGUCCGAGCCUCCAGCAGUCCUCCACGCUCGUAAACCAGCAUGGCUUCUUCCAUGGGAAGAUGGGCUUUCGUCAGGCGUUGAAGAGAGGAGAACUCAGCAUGAAACAGGUGGAGCUGGAGUUGAGGGCCCAGGUCGGGCUUUUCGUGGAGCUGAAUGGUCACCUACCCGAGCACAUGGACGGACACCAACAUGUUCACGUCCUCCCAGAGGUCCGCGAAGUGUUUGCAAAGGUUGUCUCAGAUCUCAGGAUCCCCUACACUCGUGUUCCCGUGGAGCCGGGUCUAUACAGCUGCCCGUGGAUACCAGCACACCUGCACAAAUUCUACAAGCAGGUGGAGAAGGACGCUCUGGAUGCCAUCCCAGUGUUCAGACGCCAUGGAAUCAGGUGGCCAGAUGUGUACCUGGGACUGACCACCAUGGGGCAGAACAUGUCCAUCCCAAGCCUGCACAGGGCCCUCAGCUACGCCUUGGCUGCAAACCCUUCAUCCUCUACCUCCAGCUCUGUGCAGGGUUCACAUCAGCCUGUGGUCACAGCUGAGCUCAUGGUCCACCCGGGGUACCCCAGUCACCCCAAGGAGGGAGGCUGUGGAGAGGGCCCCGACGACUUCUCCCAGUCUGCUGACAGGCAGCACGAGCUGAGUGUUCUCAAAGAUCCAUCUGUGCUGGCUCUCUAUUGCCAAGAGAGAGUGCAGCUCUGUGCCUUCAGAGACCUGUGACUGCCCUCAGCUUCCAAAAGUUGCUCAGUUACCACUGAUGUUUGUAGUAACACGACUUUAUGCUGCCCUACAAACUGAGACUGAUCCAAUUAGCUCGUAGCAGCCUUUAAUGAGUGGGACUGUCCAUGACCGGCUCUGAGUCUAGCCUGAGGAUGGCUGUCAGAGCAGCACAUGAUACACUGUGUAGAAAUGUCUAAUGAAGGCAGUGUUCACUGCAACACUGUUUUAAACUAAUGAAUCAUUUUACUAAAAUAAUCAGCAACAUAUGUUCAGAGCUCCCAUCAUAAGUAUGUUUGGUAGUUUUCAGUCUGGCUCAUUCUAGAAUAAAGGAGCUGUAUGUGUGUUCAUGGCCCUGGCUUCCACCUGCUGAGCAGGGACACUUUUGAACUAUCUCAGGUCUGGAUGUGUGGAACUACAGAGAGCUUCAGUAGUCUUUAUAGAUAUGUUCUUUGUAUUUCAAAGCUCAUAUUUUCAUGUUGAAACCGUUUUCUGUCUGCUGUCAUCAAACAUCAGAACUGAACAGCUCUGGGGAAUAAAUGAUGGUGAACUUUUUUUCUUUGUUGUUUCUUUCAAACCACUUGCAGCGUAAACCUGAUCACCAACAACAAAUGCCUUAAUUAUCUUAAAGUGCCAGUUUUUGACUUUCUGCAUCCAUCUGUGGGAAGCUGCACGAAAUCUAAAUAAAAACAGAUGCUGUGUUUGUC